CUGGCUUCUGGAACUGACCAGGCUUUUAUUAUGAAGGGACGGUGGCCCAGCCCCCGGUGCUCGAUGGUUGUGUUGUGCGGCGGUGUAGACGUAGCUGAGGCCGGUGAGUGUGAAGCGCUGACAGGACGCUGGUGGAGAGCAGCCGUCGACGCACACAGCUCAGUGAAGUGUGUCUGCAGCAGCGAGCAUAACACUGGAUUACCACCACACAGAGGGCUCUCCAGAAGGGGGCAGCAUAAGACUGAGCUCAACUCCCAAAGUCCCAUCAGGUCCUCGAACGGUCUGCACUGUCAGGAUCACGCCUCUGACAACAAUGAAAGGCUCUCCUGACCUGAUUCCUGCCGCAGAUUUGGACCCCAGCAGAGUUUGCAAAGGGAAAGGAGUCGUGACUCUAAGAGCCACCCUCGUCCACAUAGAUGAUGAGGGCUGCAUCAGCGGUGAGCCAAAUGUCAUCACAACGCCAUGUGGCUGGACAAGCCAGAUUAAUGGAGACCGCUCUAAAGCAGGAUUGGCUGAGGGAGGCAGCAACAUCACAGCUGAUUUACCUCCUGUAAACAACACUCAGUGCCAGGCCAAUUCACCAGAGAGCAUAAAAGAAAACCAGGCUCCAUCCUCCACUGACAUUCAGAACUGUUUCACGUCGACCUCCAGCUCUGUUUAUCCCUGCACUAGCACAGUUAACCCAACCAUAGUCCUGCUGCAACACAACAGAGAGCAGCAAAAGCAUCUUUCUCAUUUUGAAGACCCAACCCCAGAAAGGGACAAAAGCCCUGAUCCGGGGAGAGACUCGGUCAGUCCAGUCCCUGAUAUGGACUGGAAGAGGCUGCGGCUAUCACUGCACUCCCCUGUCCUCAGUCCUCUCAACAAGCCCAUUGUGCCUGUACGGAACACUGAAAAGUCCAAAGACUGGUACAAGACAAUGUUCAAACAGAUACACAGAAUACCUGAGCCUAUUGAGGAAAACCCUUACCGCCCCACCUACAUUUUCCCCGAGAACUAUGACAUUCAGAUGAAAUCAAAAGAUGAUGGUCCCACUCCCUUUGGUUAUUUGGAAGAUGUGAGAGCAGUCCCACGCUCAAAAAGUGACGCUGAGGUCGAUUCAAGAGGCCGGUCGAUGCCUGUGCCAACGCGAUCCUCUUCCCUCAAACCCUCUGCCAAAAGGAACGAGUGGGAGCCCCCGGAUAAAAAGGUAGACACCAGGAAGUACCGCGCCGAGCCCAAGAGCAUCUUUGAGUACGAGCCGGGGAAAUCGUCGGUGCUGAAGCUGGAUAGAACGACUCAGGAUGUAAAGCCAGAGGAUGUAGAUUUAGAGAAUGAGCCUUGGUAUAAAUUCUUUUCAGAGAUGGAGUUUGACAAAGCGAGUGCCCCCUCUUUCAGCCCCCUGGAAACAGCCUCCGACCUGCAGCAGUACUCCUCGAGCAAGUCUGGACACAGCGAGGUGGAGAAGGACGGAGGAUCAUCCACAAGCGAGCCUGGGGCUCCAGAAUGCGACCGCCAUGUUUACAAGACUGUCCUGGAGGGCGGCGACAUUCCCUUACAAGGUCUACGGGCCCUAAACAAGCGCCAGGCAAGCUCCUCCUCCUCUAAAGUGGAUUAUAAAGGUGGGAAUGGCUAUAUAAUUUCACCCUGCUCCUCUGUAAAUAGUCGAUCGGUUCUUGCCAGUAUUGCAAUAGGUAACCAGUGUAAGAGUAUGAAGCCUCUAUCUGCUGCCAAAGCCUGCAUACCCCAAAUCCUGCCCUCUAAGUUCAAGCCCAAGCUGCUGCCGCCCAGUGGUGACAGUCAGGAGAGCAGGACUAGAGCUGUCAGGCACCCAAAGGCCCACAGCUGUGAGGAUCUGUACACAGGGCCAUGUGACACAGACUUUGCUGGAGCAGAGGAACGGGAGAGUGGGCAACAUUCAGACUCUAAGUCCAGCUGUGGCACCGAGUGUGCGAACGGCCUCAGGAAUGUUUCCCCUGCAAUUAGGAGGAGCGCGUCUGAGUUUUCCAACCUGUACAGGACCAUGCAUUACAUCCAGCGGCCCAGCUCGGCCGGCUGCAGCCCCCAUGGCAGCGUCCGCAGCCUGGCUUCUCUUUUUGAGAAGUCAAACGCCGAAGGGGAUGAAAGGUCAGAGGCGGAUGACGGGGGUAACAUUCCACGGGAUGCAGUGUCGUCGCGGGUCAGUGAGUUUGAAAUGAUCAUCCAGCGGUCCAGCUCGGCGCCCAGCCGCUCCUCCUCCCUGCCCACCCUGCACUCCAGCCACAGCCACAGCCCCGACCACAGCUCCGCCCACCUCUACAUGGCGUCUGCAGUGUCAGCGGAGUCCCUUUUGGUAGCUGACGCCACCCAGAUGGAUGCCUGCUCCCCAGUUGAGGCAGAGGGCAAGAGCUGUAGGGAGGAGGCCUUGUCACCAGGCAGUGUGACUGUGGAGGAGGCUGCUUCCUCCUCAGAGGACAGACACAACGUCAGGACUGAGUCCCCCUCUAACACUGAGGCCGAGGUUGAGCAGAUCUUCAGUAAAAGUUCCCCAGACCUGAUCCACCAAAAUGUCAGUGGAUCAAAGAGUCGCUCAGCACUGCUUGCAGCAUCACCUCCACAACACAACCAUCUCCACCACAACCACCUCCUGCACCACCCGAACCUCAAAUCCAGCAAAUGCAAAGGCUCUUGCCCUGCCUCCUACACCCGCUUCACCACCAUCCUCAGACACGAGAGGCAACAGGCCACGACCCAACAGGAGAGGCCGCCACCUUUGGAGAAGAAGACCACUCUGCCUGGGAACCUCUUCCUCAUGGGCCCCGCUCCCUUCAGGUUACGUAAGAACCUGCAGUCCCACCAAACUCGGAGGACCCUGUUAGCCACCAAGGUGACAGUGGGCACCCAGAGACCCAGCACUUGGUCCCCUGAGCCCAGACCUCUCAUCCCUCAGCGCCUGUCCUCCCUGGAGGUCCUGGAGAGGCUGAGUAACGGGGAGGGAAGCAACACUGAGCACCUGAGUAACGGGCAGGGCUUGGACGCCAACGGGAACCUACUGCAGCCGCUGGCAGCUCACCGCAGAGACUCGUCCCCAGUUCUCGGAGAGAGCCAGGAUGACGCGUUGCGAAGGCGUCAUGGGGACAAAGAGAAAAUCUUGGAGGAGCAGCGGCGGCUGAAGCGGGAACAGGAAGAAGCUGACACGGCGUCGAGACGACACACAGGCAUUGUCCCGACGCACCACCAGUUCAUCACCAACGAGCGCUUCGGAGACCUGCUCAACAUCACAGAUAACACAGAGAAGAGGAAAUCAGGCGUAGAGAGAACUCCAGCCAUGGCUCGCUUCGACUUCAGAGCAGAAACUCUAAAGGAAUUACCGUUUCAGAAGGGAGACAUUGUCUACAUUAUUCGACAGGUGGAUCAAAACUGGUAUGAAGGGGAACAUCAUGGAAGAGUUGGCAUUUUCCCUCAAAGUUAUGUCGAGCUCCUUCCCCCCACAGAGAAAGCCCAGCCAAAGAAAAGUGCCCCAGUGCAGGUACUGGAAUAUGGAGAGGCUGUCGCCCGCUUCAACUUCAACGGGGACACGGUGGUGGAAAUGUCCUUCAGAAAGGGAGAGAGGAUAACGCUGAUUCGUAGGGUUGAUGAAAACUGGUAUGAAGGCAAAAUCUCAGGCACCAAUCGCCAAGGCAUCUUCCCCGUCACCUACGUAGAAGUGAACAAACGACCCCGCAUCAAAAACGGAGUGGAGUAUCUGGACCCUCCUGUCAGCCAGUCGCCACAGCGCAGCACCAACGCUUCUCCUCAGCUGUAUCGUAAUCGUCUGACCACCUCCCCCCUGCCCCUUCCUCGCUCCCCCCGCCGCUCCGUGUCCCCCGAGGUCCACGCUAUCUCCUCUGAGUGGAUCUCCCUGACUGUGGGAGGAGGGAGCCCUCCUGCCGCCCCCACCCCUCCCCUGCCACCGCUGCCCACUGUGUCCUAUCGCUGCGGCGAGUACCUGCCCCCGCCCUACUCCGCCAGCCCCGUGCCUCAUAUCACCGGCAGCCCAUACUGCGUCUCCCCCGCGGCUUCCCCAUCUGCCUCCCCUCUUCCCCCACCUUAUCCUCCCAGACCCAACUCAACCACUCCCUUCCUCACGUUCACCCCACCUCAGGGGGGGGACUUCCUGCUCUCCCCUCCCUUCCCACGUCUGUCAGGCAGCGUGAGCCCCUGUGGAGGGCCGGUGCUGGAGGGCUGGCUGAGGGGGGAGAAGGAGUUGACAGAAGGGGAAGGCGCAGAGGGGGACAGGGGCCACGCAGCCCCGGGCAGCAGGCGAAAUAGCCCUGCAGAGUUUGUGAAGAAUGAGGCUGACCAUCAUGGACGGCGAUCCAGAAGCCCUGUGAUGCUGUUUGACAUCCAAGACAACAACAAUGUUAACUCAUUUGCGGAGGCAGUGUGUAAUGAGAUCUUGAAUAUAGCUGAGACCUCGGUGAGGUACUGCAGCAACCUGUCCCACCACCCUCAUGACUCUGUCCAUAGACUGCACCCCCACCCCAGUAAACAAUCUCUCAUCAUUUCCCAGCAACCCCAGUCCCACAGCAGCAGCCCAGAGCCGAACCGUCUCAACUGUGGAAUUUUCCAGGCGCUGUACAGUUACGCGCCGCAGAACGAAGACGAGCUGGAGCUGCAGGAGGGAGAUCUCGUCAGCGUCAUGGAGAAGUGCGAUGACGGCUGGUUUGUCGGUACCUCAAAGAGGACAAAACAGUUUGGGACUUUCCCUGGGAAUUACGUGAAGGAGGUGAAACUGUAAAGAUAUCUAAUCUGGCUGUAACACAUGGUUGCCUGUCAAGCUUGGGAAGUCAUUACUAUCGCGCAUGGCUGUUGGUUAGCAUAGUAAUUUAGCCAGGCAAAUCCAUUUUGUCUGGGAAAGUGAUCGGUUCGGCCGGAGGUAUGUCAAACUGCACGGCGAGGCGGAGACAGAGACAGCUCACUGCCCAGACCUCAGUAUGGUGUACACCUUGACCACAUUUUACACACUUCUUGACAGAAUUCGUCCGUCUCCACAUGUGGAAAUUCUCCUCGAAAACCUACCACAAACUAGCUUUUCUUGUACAGAUAAUAGCUUCCAUCCUGUCCGUGUAAUUUACAGUGUUUACGUAGCACAUCAGUCUGGAGGCCGGCAGCAGAGCAGUGUAUGGAUUAAAGAGUGGAUCUUAUUACCUGAACUGGACUUGGGAGGAAUUCAGAAUGUAUUUUUUUUAUGGGAUGUGUGGUUGGAGCGGUUUGUCAUAAGCUACCUUUCAGGACCAGAGUUGUGUUGUUUAUCAUGAUUAGCCAAGUAUGAUGCAAACAAUGCCUUUCCUUCCAAAAGAAAACCUUCAGUUGGAUCAACGUACCCUACAUAAAUGAAAUUUAAUGUGGUGGUUCAUUCUUGAACUCAGUUUAGAUAUGAGAAAAUGACUUAAAUUCAGCACCCUCCAGGGUUUAAAGACUUAUGUGUGAAGCCCCUUUAGAGACUGGUCUGACAUACCUGUUUUACUUUUCUGUUACAUGUUAUGGAUCAUCAUAAAGUCAGUAUUGGCUACCUUUUGAAGAAAACAUCACAGCAUUCGCCACUCAGUGUAACCCAAAAGCUUUAGAUACCGCUGCAGUAUUGCUUUCAUUUUCUAUCCAACGGUUGUUAUACAACAGUUAUUACCACGUCAUGUGCAUGACGAGAAACACUCAAAUGUUGAAGUGUGCUGUUAGCUUCUCUUUUUCCCAGUUACCACAGCAAACACACAUACAGGACACGUGGACUGUGCUGCAUGUCUGAUAAAAGUGAAGAGAAACUGUGUCCAUGCACAUCUAAUAUUUUCAGAAUGUAUUUAUUUGUCCUUUUAUACCUCUUCUGUCAAAAUAGAAGUAAACUGCGUUUGCUGAUGGAUGAUGCCUGUAAGGUAGCUGGUGGUAGACGCCUGGCUCCAGCGCAACCACAGGACAGGCGUGGUAGUAGCACUUAACUUCCUGUUUGGUCAUUUUAGGGAGAUCCCACCUAACAAGAUAAUAGUAGAUUAAUCACAAACUGUUUAAUGUUUCAAGUCAAGCCAAGAAGGUGUCUUUGAAAAUAAUCAUGCCGAUUUUUAAGAGCAAAUUGAGAUUUUAACCAUGCCCUUACUGAUAAGAUUGUAUGUUUUAUUUCGCCAUGUAAAUGUGUACAGAAAUCUUUAAGAGGCCUUCCAAAUAUGGCUACAUAUUUUCAUAUGUAAUGACUACAACUUGGGAAAUAGAUUUAGUGGAAUGAUUUCAAUAAUACGGUGAGCAUUAGUACAGCAUGCAGUGUAAAAUCAGUAGAGAUUGACAAAUCGGAGCAUGGAACACUAUCAGCCCUCGCCUAAAUAUUUGCCACCUGUAGCUGAAAGCAAACAGAAGAGCUGACAGGGUUAACAGUCUGCUGAGCUUAAACAGCUCCCUGAUGGAAGAUCGCUUUGAAUUUUACUAUCAAAGCAUCAGAGCCGUCUUCCCGCGAGUACAGAGCUCCCACAUCUCCAGCACCGACCCUGUAUCAGACGCCACAUGUCAGAGUAGAUCAUCUACACACGCACAGAUUGAAAGAUGAUAGCUAUUGGGGGUUUUUUUUCUGCUCGUGUUUUCAUCAAAUUCCUUGUUGUCAUCAAUUGCCGCGCUGUGCUCAUCAAUACUUUAAGCAGAACUGUCAAAUAUUGCUCGCAAAUAAUUCUUAGUGCUUGUUAUGACCUGCUUAGACUUGGGUGCAGUUUGUAGGGUAAUUGCUAAGGAAGAAUUUGAAAGUCUGUUUAGUUUAUACCAGGUGGACUGAGGUAGUGAGCUAUCUGAUGCUUCAAGUAGCUGAAGUCGGAUCCUUUUCCCAAUCUACACAUUUCUAAUCAAAUGGUGCCAGACUAUCAGUGGGCCUACCUUUUAGUAUAACUCUUUUAUGUUUGCCUGAGUACACAAAAUCAGAAACAUGAUGUGAAGUAUUAAAAGAUAAAACAGUAGCUCUCACUUGGAUCUGCAGUAAAAGUGUAUGUUUAUAUCUUUGUUUUUUUAUGUGUUAGCCACAGUUGUGCAGUGAUGAUAAACAUUGACCUCAUUGGAACAUGGUUUGAAGCUGUAUGUGGCUGCCACAUAAGUGAUAUAUGAAGUUAAGUAAUCGAUGAAGUGCAUUAAUUUAACAAAAUUCAGUAGCAAUCAGUGUUUCAUCCUCUCUGGCGUGAGACAAAAUCAAGCGUGUCUUCACCGCUGACAAUUUUUGCCAACAUCAGCAAAGGAAUGUUUUCUCAAGAUAAUACACUGCAUUAUGGGUUUGCCUGUAUAGCACUGAUAUAAUAUUCAGGUAUUUUGUUACACCACAAAAGCAUGUUUUUUUCCCUCCACUGCUGGCUAAACAUUUUUGUUCCUGUGUAACUCCAGCUCCACAUGAAAGUGCUGAUUGGUUGGGAGUCUGUCGACCUGUAGGCUUUUCUUUUCUGACAGAACAACAAGGAGGGAGUGUUUGCCCCAUGUCAAACACACGGACAUGAUGAACAAGUUAACAAUCACACAUUUAGUCAUAAUAAUACAGCUCACUCUAGAUUGUUUCUGUGAUAUUGUGCUCCAGAAAACAUCACAGGAUGUAUGAAUGUAUGAAUAUAUGAAUGUGGCGCAAUGUAAAAAAAAAAAAAAAACUGUACCUUCAUCUUGAAUGAACAUGCAGACUAUUGAGCAACAUGGCACAAGAAGGAUUGUAAAUAUGUAAAAUAAAAAAAGGACUGCGAGUGACUCUCUUGUCACUUGCAGCGGUUUAUUUACCUGAAGGAUUUUUUGGCAAAGCACAGAGUGGAGCAUUAUUGAGCACAGGAAGUUAGACGCAUAUUAACAUUACGCUGCCAUUUGUGACGAUCAUAAUGCCUUAUGUUAGAUGCAAAAUUGUGCCUCAUUUUCAUGUCAUUGUUUUUUUUGGAGUAUCACUGAAAUGUAUCCAUGACAUAUUUAAUGUAACUAUGGUUUUCCCAUUAGUCCUAGUCUCUGUGAUGGGAGAACAUUAACUAAGAACUUGUCAGUUACUGUGCAAGUACCUAAAAGUGUGACACAAUGCUUUAACGUAAUGAUUAAUAAUCAUAAGAAUGGACUAGUUUGAGGAGACGCACAACCUGCAACAGGUUUGGUUUGUUUGCUUCAAUUUGCAGUGCUGUUACAUUGACAAUAUUAAAAUAAAAAAGAUACUAUACACUGCUGUGACUUCGGUAUUAUGCAAUAUUUAAUAAACCAUUUAAACCAC